UCCUCUCCAAGUCCUACUCCGCAAAAUUUCCUGUCAGCCUAACCAACUCUUCUAUACUGCCGGGUGAUCCCCUGGAACCAGAGAAAAGGGAUGUCCCCCACCUCUCAAGCCUGCCCAGCUGAGGAAAAAUGGGGUGAGAAAGCAGCGAACGCAUACGCUGAGAAGCAGCGGCGGCUGCACAGACUCAAAGCCCCGCGGGCGAGCGCAGCAGCCCUGAGCGUCCGACACGUACCCCAGCCGCCUUCCCGCCCAGCCCCCGCGAUGCGGCCGCGCCUGUGAUCAGCCGCCGACCCCGGGACGCCCCGCCUCACAACUACCUCAGCGCCACCUCCGCCUGCCGCACCGCCCCAGUCCCCAGGUUUCUGCACUGCCAUAGGGCAGCCCCCUGAGGCCUCUUCACUCCCCCAUCAUGCUCCAGCGCCUCACCAGCCUCUUCUUCAGCUCCCCGGCGCCCCCCGAGGACCCCGACUGCCCUCGAGCCUUCGUCUCCGAGGAGGAUGAAGUGGAUGGCUGGCUCAUUAUUGACCUGGCGGACAGCUUCACAGCUCCACCCAGCCCCGGGGCCGCCCCGGCCCCUGCGGGCCGCCCUCCGCCCGCACCCUCCUUGAUGGAUGAGAGCUGGUUUGUUACCCCUCCGGCCUGUUUUACUGCAGAAGGGCCUGGGCUCGGGCCUGCCCGCCUCCAGAGCAGCCCCCUGGAGGACCUCCUCAUCGAGCACCCCAGCAUGUCCGUUUACGUGACCGGCAGCACCAUAGUGCUGGAGCCGGGACCUCCUUCCCCGCACCCUGACGCCGCCCUGCCAGACGGAGACCUUAGCGACGGGGAGUUGGCGCCUGCUCGCCGUGAACCCCGGGCCCUGCACCACGCCGCCCCUCUGCCGGCGCGGGCCACACUGCUGGAGAAGGCGGGCCAGGCGCGGCGCCUGCAGCGGGCCCGGCAGCGGGCCGAGCGCCACGCUCUGAGCGCCAAGGUGGUGCAACGACAGAACCGCGCCCGCGAGAGCCGUCCGCGCCGGCCCAAGCACCAGGGCAGCUUUGUCUACCAGCCGUGCCAGCGCCAGUUCAACUACUGAGCUUCCGCCGGCCGUGCCGCAAACCCCUCGCUGACUCCCGACCCUUAUCCAGCCCCUCCGCCGCAGCCAGUGUGCUGCUUGAGGAGCUCCUGCAGCCCACUUCGGGCUGGACACCACAACCUCCCUUCUUAAGUGUGUGAGGUGGGGGUGAGAGCCUCACUCUCUCUCUCUCUCUCUCUCUCUCGCUCCUACUCCUUCUAUUUCCCUAUCUCUGAUCCUCUAAUCCGCCUCUGAACCUCCCCCUCUCCCUUCACCCUCCCACCUUCUGGCCCCUUCUGGCAUCUAAUCCUCCAUCUCCCCCACCGCCGACACUCCGUCGGUUCCCAUCCUGAUCUUUGCCCUGACAUUCUCCAUCCCUGCCCUCCGGUCCUCUACUCUGGCCCACUCCUAUUUCUGAGAGUGUCUUCUUCCAGUUUCAUAUCUGGCUCAUUCCCUACCUUCAGCUCCCACUUUACAAGCCUCAGUCUAUCUAAUGUUUGGCACUGCAUUCACUCCUGCUCCCUUAUUACUCAUUCCCAGUAAUUCUCCCACUGAGACUAAAGGGUUCUGCCUUUAGUCUUCCCCUUCCCUCUCCUCUGGGGGCUGGGCUCCUUGGAGUUGCCUAGGUAUGGAAAGGUAAGGCAUGUGGGAAAGGACUGUGAGAUGUGAGUUAGAGGGAGAAGGUGGAGGGAAUCGAGGAAAAGAGGAAACCUAUUGAAAAUGUAGACAGGACAGACAGGUUAAGAUGCUGUAGGGAGCAGGGCACAAUGGGGGCUGGCAUGGUGCUUACUCAGAGAGGGCAAGCCCUGCUCUCAAGCUGGAGCCCACAUCACUUUUCUACAAUGCCACCUCCCAAAUCUCUUCCUGAAAUCAACCCCUCUGCCGGUCCCUGUAUCUGAAAGGCUUAGUUAGUACCUUGCUGCCCUACCCACAUCAACCCAGCAGUAAAGGCUGGGCAAGGCCCUGCCAUCCUAGACAUCUGUUCACAUGCCCCAAGGUGCUAGAACUAGCUUAGGAGAGAUGCAGGCCAGAGGGAUUCUAGGCAGGAGAAGGACACACCCCAGGAUAAGAAUGCAGAAUGAUGCUGCUGGGGAGGACAAGCUGUGGGGUGAAGCCAACCAAGGAAUGGCAGCUAGCCUUCAUCUUGCCUCUGGCCUUGUAUUUCAUACUCUGCCAGGAUGGCUAAUAAACACUCCUGAGUAGGAGGCCAGGAGCCCCACUGCCACAAUCCCCAAAUAGUCCCUGUCCAGGUUCAGGGCCUUUAGGGGAGCCUCUCUUCAUUUUCUUUCCCAGGGCUCUCUUCCUUUCUAGGCUGCUGGGGGGAAAUGGGUACCCUAUGGUUCCCCUUCCCUUCUCCUCCAGUAAGUACCUGGAAGAGGGAACCUGAAUACCUGGGUGAGACAAAGGGAACAGGGGCAGCCAGCUUUCCCCUUCUCACGGUGGGAUUGACUUUUGGGCUCAGACACCAGCAACAGCCUCUUGGGAUGCCCCGAGUUGCUUCCCCUUUCCUCUUUCUGUCCUUUUCUAGUGUGUGCUCUUUCUUCCUUGAAACCUUUAAGAUUUCCUAUUACAUACUAACACAGGUCUUUCCCUUCAAUUCUAGGUUUCUAGGCCUCACAGCCAAGCUGAGGCUAACAGAAAACUCUGCAACCCCAUGUGGGCAAAGGCAGCUGCCCUCCCUGGCCCUAUAACCCUAGGUCUCCAGUGGGGUGUAUGGAUAAGGGAGGGGGUAGCCCCAUGGAUGCUGGGAUAGGGACAGAGAAAGCCCUGUUGGGGUCUCCUAUCCAAAGGAAUAAGCCAAAUUUACAGUAAGAGCAGAUCAAAUUCCCCAUGCUGGUCCACUAGGGCCCUAGUAGUUGACAACCUUGCUCCUCUCUCCAAGGUUCUCCUUCAGUUACGACCUAGUCCCUUUUAUUCUUCCAGCUACUCCUUGGUUACUUCACAGCCAGCUUAGGGUCUUCAGCACUUCCAAGAGCUGAAACUCCCUCCAACUCUUCUUGCCUACUCCUUUGCUGCCAGCUGGAGCCUAGGCUCAGUUCUGGGCAGUGCUCACAAUCCUUCUGUGGGGGAAAAGUGAGCUAUAGGGCAUUUGGCUCAAAUUUCAAAAGGCCCUUACCUUACCCGUAUUUCUGGAGGCUCCUGUAGUUCUAGAACCCUCCAACAUCAUCACCUGGCUGGUUGCAAGGCUCAUGUUUUUGUACUUUCCUAUAGAUUCUGUAGCAUUUGAGUGUGACAAUAUUUUAAUUGUGUAUAGAUUUCUAAGAGCCAACACUAGUUUGGUCUCCUGCUAGUCUGACUCCUGAAGCAGCAGAACUCGUCAUACUGUAUUGACUGUGUAUGUGCCUUUCACCUUGAGCAUGCUUCAGGACUUUUUUUUAAACCACAGAACUUGAAUACAUGAGGGAACCAGAAUUCACAAAGUCCUAUGCAACCUUAGACAGGAGGAGGUUAGAGAGUCUGUCUUUACUGAUGUUUCAGAGACCCUGUGGAAGUUUGUUCCAGACUGCAUUACUUAAUGUCAAGACUACCAGCGCUUUGCCGAAACUGAGUAUGUGAGAGGGACCCCUAUUUCUAGAGUGAGUCCCAAUUACAUCAAAGGACAACUUCCAGUGAUUUUCCAAUACAUCUCUUUUCAAACUGGGUGUCAUUUCCAGCCUUUGCAGUCUGGCCCCAUCAGGGUCCCAUCUGUGUAUGAAUGCAGUUUGCUGUUUUGGAGUAUGCUUGCUCCCCGGCCCCCACCUGGAACCUUGAGUUUGCUCUGACCCAUAAUGUUAGGUGCGUUGAGGACCCCACCAGAGCUCUUGGAUGACUCCUCAGAUCCAUGUGGCUUUAUGUGAGGGGACUGAAGGCAGACAUAACAUGGCCCCUUAUAUCUUCCCUCUUGCCCUGCUGCCUAGUUCCAAAUGGAACCAAUAAGAUGAGUGCGUCCCUCUUGGGUGUUUUGUGUUGAGACUGGCUGAAAAGAGGAGACUCUGGUUGACCAUGUUAUGACAUGUUGACAGACUCAAGGACACAACCGCCUCAGCCUGGUCACGUGGCAUGCCUGUGUAUGUGUGUAACAGGAUUCUGAUUGUUAGACUGUAAUGUUAUUCCUCUAUGGGAGAAAAAGUUAAUAUAAAGAAAAACAAAUAAAAAUCUAUUUAAAGCACA